CCUAAGGAAGCAGGCUUAAUUCUCACUAGAAAAGGCACAAAAUAUGCAGACGCCUCUCGAUUUGGUGCAGGUGCACAGAUCAGCAAGGAUGGACACACGGUGUGCAUACCGUGAAAAGGUCGUGUCGGAAUCUCGCAAUGAGAAUAAACCAAAAACCUGGAGGUCCAGACUGCACUUCUUUUUGCGGAAUUAUUCUGAGGCAAAGACAGUUUCCCGAUCUUACAGGCCAACUGUUGAAGAAGUAAAUCAGUGGUCUUUGUCACUCGAAAAUUUGCUUUCUCAUAAUUAUGGACUAGCAGCAUUUCGGAUCUUCUUGAAGUCAGAGUUCUGUGAGGAGAACCUUGAAUUCUGGCUUGCGUGUGAAGAGUUUAGAAGGGCACAGUACCCUUCCAGACUUGCCUCCAGAGCUAGAAAAAUCUAUGAAGAAUUCAUUAAGGCCGAGUCUCCAAAAGAGAUCAACGUGGAUUUUCACACUAAGGACGCGAUUGCUAGGAGUCUUAAUGCACCAACCCCCACCUGUUUCCUCAAAGCACAGAGGAAAGUCUUCAGUCUGAUGGAAAACAGCUCAUACCCUCGGUUCAAAGAGUCCGAGAUCUACAAGGAACUGUGCGAACUGGCAAGGAGAAAGGCCUAAGCGCCCAGCUGCCUGGGCUGUGACUUAUGUACUCUACAUUACACUGAGAAAGGACUCUAUAUAUGGUGAUUCUCGUGAUGUGAAUCGUGUUUAUGCAAGGUGUCGUUGGCCAAAUGCAGGACAUAUUGGUUGUUAACAGUCACCUGGCUAAGGCACAAUCUUAGUUAUAUCUCUAGUAGUAGUUCCACUGAAUAUCAGAUUAACUACAGCCAUGUUUUCUAAGUACUUUCAGGGAAAUUAAAAAUAUGAUUCCUAAAUACUUCAUUGCAAAAAAUGACAAAUAGCUAUUUAACUAUGCAAAAGGUACAAUGAAACAGAUAAGGCAUUGAUAAAGUUCAUGAAGGAUGCACAAUCUAAUUGUCAUUGCAGGUACUAAACUGGGGAUGCUUUGAAUUCAUAUUAUUCACAUGUCACAUUUCACAUCUGGAAUCACUGAAUGGUAACGGUUCUACCUAAUUAAUAGGAGUCAGAGCUGUGCUACAUUUACAACAAUGUCGCUCACAUAAUGCUAAGGUGGUUCGGGCCUCACACUUACCACUCAAAAAGCAUAACUCUAUAAACCAAUGAAAUCCUGCAUGCCAUUAAUCCAAUUGACCAAUGGCAGUUGUUGUAGGCGGGCUCAAGAGAAACCAACCCAAACUGUCUACCCAGCUGAGGAGGAGUUCUAUCAAAUGAGAUGCAUAUAUACCUUAAAUGGACUUUGGCAAAUAUGACAAUAGUGUAGCGGUCAUUCGCUUCCCAUGCAAUAGGUCUCUGGUAACUUUAUAGUGGGUUGGUACCUCAUCCUAGGUCAUUGCUUCCAGGAUAGACGUGUGACCCCCGUAACCCUGCACAGGACAAGCAGAUAUGAAAAAUGGAUAGAUGGAUGAAUGAACAAUUAUACAGUUGUAAUGUCUUAAUCAGACGAGUUUACAGAUGUUGAAUUUAUUUGCAGCUGGACUGCAGUUAUUUUUUUAUGCUUUUUAUUUUUUGUAAGGCUAAUGCAGGCAGGGCCUCCCCCCGGACCCAAAAAAUGGAUCGUACUACAUAGGAGGGGCGGACUGAGCCCGACCCAAGUGCCUCAGCCAUAUUCUGAAAAAAUUAAAAAUGUGAACGUGUGAAUAUGUCUGUUUGAAAUAAAUAUACAGUAUUUAUUUGU